AAGCCAAUAGACGUUCAAUAAAUGAAACACGGUCGAAAAAGUAUGCCAAAAAUUUAUUUAGUGGCGAAUAAGUAAGUGAAAUAAUUGCGAAAUUUACUGUUUGUGAAGUGAAGAAUAUUGCUUUAUAGUUUAUCAAAAGUGUUUUUUUUUCGCUUGACACGAGUGAUUUGAAUUCGAAGCCAUUUCGAGUGACUGUAGUCGAUUUUACGAUAUUUGUUGUUAAAUGUGCAGUUGUUUUCAUGCAAGCCGUGAAAGCAAGCCAACGUCAUUUGCAUCUUGUAGCGUAUAUUUCAGAUUGAAUCAAAGUGAAAAGACAAAAUAGUAUUCGGUGAACAAAAAAGUGUGUAGAAAUCUACAACAUGGACACUAUCAUCAAACUUGAACCAGACUCAGGUAAGUUUUGCGGAAUUCCUCUGUGUGUAAUCGAAUAUUUAAAUUACGCUAUUGUAUAGCGGCAGCACAAUGCAAUUAAGAGGUCGAAUUUCAUUGAUUGUGCAAAGUUCUUUAUCGACACUAUAUUGAUUGACAUUGCAUGCAAAAAUUGGGUAAUGCAUUCAAUUAACUGGAUGGCAAUAUCUCGCUUUGAGAAGUUUGCUUGUGUCUACGUCGUUAUUCGGCAUCCAUACUAUGCAAAAAAAACGUUGCGAUAAAUUUUUCACAAUAUCAAAUAUGUUGUUUUUCUCGUUUAUUUGAGUUGGUGGUUCCAAUUGUGUAUAACGCGUACAUGCAAGAGCACAUUAUUUUCGAUCGACAUCAAUAUUCCAUUUCGCCAACUCACACGAUUCCAUUUCGAUUGUAGAAAGCCGAAGGGAAAUGAUCUUAAGCUAUCACCGACAAUAGCACUGUGCGACAUAAAUAUAUAUAUUUUUUCGGAAUCCCCAAAAGGGAAACCACUUGGUUUGGUGAUAGAGGAGAUGAUUUGUAUAGAAAAUCAAGGAAACUUUCGGAAUCUUUUUUUUUGCUAACAAACAAACGGGUCUCAAGUCUUGAGAAAACUUAUAAUAUAUGUCGCACAGUGUAGGUGCUUUCAAAUAUCUAACUGAAUGCAUUUAUAUAUUUGGUGUUGUUGUUGUUUUUGUCGUCGUUGCCGUCUUAUUCUGUGUGGAGGAAAUGGUUUAAUCAUUUGAUGUGGAAAUGGAAAAAAUUGAGAACUUGUUUUCGUAAAUAUAUCGACAAACCAAUAUUCUUAUUUGAUUUGUUCUAAUUAUUCAAAUCUUCACAAUAAAAACGCUGAUUUGUCUCUGAACAAAUGAAAAUUCCACGUAAAAUGCUCAUAUCCAAAAAAAAACAUUGUUUUGAAAUAUUUCACUUUAGUGUGGCCAAUGGUAAAUUCAUCGAAGAAUUGAUGGUUUAAGUUUUCUAAACUAAAUGAAAAUCAUUCAAACGAAAUGAAAUAAGUGCAUCCACGUAUAUUCAAUAGACCGUCGUGUAUUUAUAUAAAUGCAUUGACAACUCUGAUUAAAUUUGUCAGGUAUGGAGUAUAUUGUAGGAACGCUCACAGGCUGAAGAUCAGACAACCAAAUUAUGACGCAAAAUGACACCGACAACAAACAAGUACAACAGAAUGAGCAUCACUUCAUGUCGUUUCCGAUUGUUUCAAAUCUAUCCCUUGCGAACGGUGACAUCGGUCGCAUUUUGCAAUAUUGCAACUUUUGUUGUCGUCGUUGUCGCCGUGGCCGCGCCGUCGUUGUCGCUUCCAGUCGAUAAAAAAUUGACGUUGUUGUUUGACAUUUUGCUCAAGACACGUACAUGAAAAUGUAAUGCCACUUGUUUCGAUUGCAUCGAACAUAAAUUGUAUGCUGUGUGCAUAACAAAUCAUAUAAAACAGUAUUGCAUUUGUCGACCAGAUAGUUGAUGAUACAAUACACUGCAAUGUGUGGUGAUGGUGUCGGCGGUGGCAUUACGGCUCUCCCAUAUAUAGCUUUGUUUUUGUUGUCUUCGAGUGCAAUCACCUUUGUAUCGAAUACAUUUUUAUUCGAUUGAGUUGGUGUAGAAAUCUCAAAGCAAUCUUUGGAUGCCACUGAAAUGUGUGUGUGUUGUCAAAACAAAUCUAAAUACCAAAUAAAUUUGAUGAAUAAAUGGAUACGAUUUUAACUGGGUAAACCAUCAACGUAUUGGCCGGUGCAUUGCAGUCAAAUGUAUUUUUAGUCGUAGUACUUUUUCAAGCCAAUCAUUUGGUUGCAAUGAUGUGAUCUAAUUUUGGAACGUCAACCAUUUGAUUUCUUGCGUUUUCUUCAACAGAAGAAUGUAUACGUUUGAAUCGCUCAAAACCAAUGACUCUGUUGGAUGGAGGGGCACCGAUUUCGGCUUUUAGCUUAAAGCCGAGCACACUACGAUGCAACCAACGAAUAUGUGUGUGCGUGCGUUUGGAAAAGAAUGGCAGUACAAAAUCUGAACGUCAGAUUGAUGCAUCCACUCAAUCCAUUUUACACAAUUUCUGAAUUACAGGGCUGUUCUGAUUCACUCAACAUAAAGUAUUUCAUCUCGAUCACAAAAACAAGGGAAAAUAACAGUUAAAUUAGGUUUUGUUCUUCCCAUACUCAGCUACUGCCUAAUCUAAUUAUAAUAAAUUUUCGACGAGAUUCCACUUUCUUUUCGAUAAAUGGAAAAAAUGAUUACUGCUUUGAUAUUCGCUUCUGUUCAAGACUUGUUGGUCAUCCUGUGUAACUUUUUAUAGACUCACUCUUGGCACCACUACAUUUAAAAGCGAUACAUACAUGACUAUAGUCGCGUAUACAUAUGUACAGAAUUCAAAUGUUCCCUAUGUUGUUUCAAUGUAGUUGAAUUGGCGGGUUCCACAUUGUGUCUAUGCGUGUUCAUAUGCGCAUGUGUGUAUGUGUGUAUAUAUGUAUAAAACGUAUUUCCUAUGCCUCGCUUGCCGUAUUCAUGAUGAUUUUAUAAGUAUUUGAUGGCAAACAAGAGAGGUGUCUUCUUUUUUUUGCUUGAAUGUCAGAAACAGAAGAGGAUUGACAGCUGUCAGAUAUUGUGCAAGCUUCUAACAAAUUAACUAACAAUUUCUUGUGUUUGAUCAUAUCCAUAAAAUAUUUCAUUCGAUAAAGCGGUGUUGAGUUCAGUGCAAAACGUUUGAAUAAUUGAUAAAUCAGAAAUCAAGGUGUCAAAUACCGUCAUUUCGAAUCGGUGAAUAGUUUCAUUUACUGUUUUUUUUGUGAAAUUAAAUGUAAUUCGGAAUCCAUUUUGGAAGCCUACAUUGCUUUGGUGCAUUCAGUGAAGAGACGGCAUUUGUUCCCCGUACAUAUUCACAACACCGACAGAGACAAAAAACGCACUUUCAUCCAUUGUUGCGGUUGAGCGCGAAUUAUUUUCGUUUAAACAGAUAGUUUUCGUUGUUGAUUUAUCGGCAAAACGUUGUUUCAGUGUGUAGAAAUUGGAAAUGUGAAAAUAAUGAACAUGUUAUAGAGACCGAGUUUUGAUUUUGACGCUGUUGACAUUCUUAUCCAUUAAAAGUCAGUUUUGAUGCUACAAUCCGUCAUUCGUGUUACACCAGUUUCAAACUUCAAAUUCAUUGAUUGACCUAAAGUCUAAAGCGCAUUAUUUGAACAUUCGAACCCCUUUGAACAUAAGUGGUAGAAAUAUUUGUAGACUUUUCGUUUGAAAACCGAACGAAUAAUAAGAAAUAGGUGAGCAUUAUUUCGCAGCAAAGAGAAAUCGGUCAUAUUGUCGGUUUGCUGUAGAUUCUACCGCUCAGUAGCUGAGCUACAUCGUCGCCCAUAUUGAUUUCAUGCGUAUGGUUGUGUUAGUGAAUCCGUUCGUUGUAUUGCGUCUUCGCAUCGUUUGCUAGUGUCGCCUCGUUGCUACCAUUAUAUGAAAACCCACUUUAUUUGGAGUUAGCUUGUUGUGAAGGCGAACGUAUAUUUUUCUUCAAUCUGCCAUUUACAAAAACAACAAAUACAACAACAACAAAUACAACAACUACAACCUAAAAACGACAAGAACUGAUUACUUCACAUUGAAUAUAAAUUGUUAUAAACUUACGGGAAACAAAAAAAAAUACAUAUAUAUCAAAUCGAGAUAGAAAUCCACAUAAAAAAAUGGAUGAGCGUGAUAUGCAAUUGGAAGCAAAUUUUCAAACGCAACUACUUACACAAGAAGCUCGCGAACGAUUUCACUCCUCGAGUGAAGAAUCUCUGGGUUCGGAACAAGAAGCCGAAGCAGAACGUGAAUUACAGCGGCACACAACGAUGGAAAUCGAAUACGCGGACCCAGAUGAUGAAGAAAUCAAUAACUCAUCGUCAUCUCAAGUACAAACAGUACGUAAGCGACGCGGAAAUUUACCAGCACAUUCGGUGAAAAUUCUGAAACGAUGGCUGUACGAGCAUCGUUACAAUGCCUAUCCGAGUGAUGCGGAGAAAAUAGACUUGUCACAUGAAGCCAAUUUAACGGUGCUGCAAGUAUGCAAUUGGUUCAUCAAUGCACGCCGUCGAAUUCUACCCGAAAUGAUUCGACGAGAAGGAAACGAUCCAAUGCAUUUCACAAUAUCGCGACGGGGUAAAAAACUGGCCAAUGCAGCCGCACAACAAAACACAUCCGUCACGAGUGUCAAUAAUUUAUCGAAUCAGCUAGUUGGUAAUCCAGUUGAAGAAGUGAUCGUCGGUGCCACUGAAGAAGUUGAAGAUGAGGAAAUUAUCGAACACGAUGAAUCUGGUAACACAGUAACAUUAAGCGGCCAUUACCUUCAGAUGCCUGACGGUACGCUGGUCAAAGCCGAAGCAGACACCGAAAUCGAUUUCGAAGACAACAUCAUUUACAGAUCGGAAGAUGAAAGCGCCAACGAAUACGAAGCAUGUCCCAGUCCAACUGAAGAAGUCGACUCAAAUAGUGGUUGGCAAGAAGUGAUCAGUAGCGAAGAGGUGACCACAAGUCCAGUAACGACAACAGAAUAUUGGAACGCAGCGCCACAUCCACAGUUAGCUCAUUUGCCACAACUGCCGCACCCACUCAAUACCAAAGUGGUCACAACAGUUCCGGCACAAACUGUAAAGAAACUACCAACGACACAGACAAAAAUCGUUCCAAUCGGUUUGUCGCGUGUUCAAGUGGUGCCGGCGAACGCGACGCCAAAAUUCCAAACGAAAUUAGGCGAAGCGCAGAUCGUAAGGACAACCGGGCAAAAAAACAACAACAACAAAUCGUUGGGCACAGCCACGAUAACGACAACAACAACAUCACCGGGCGGACAUAUUGUUAAAGUGAAACUAUUGAAAUUGAAUUCUGGGAUGGGCAUCAUCACCAAAAAUGAGCCGAAUUCCACACAACAAUAAAAAUUGUUAGAAAAAAUGAUGUGGAUGAUCGCCUAAAAAUACCGUAAACACGCGCAUAUUGUAGCCAAUAAAUGAAUUAUGAAUGAAAAACAAAACAAAAGAAAAAUUGUGAAACGAACAGUUACAAACCAAAAUACCAAACUCAAUUUUAUAAACAGUAAGCUCACACAUACACACAGACGUACACGCAUAAAAACAAUGCAAAAGGCAAACCGUUACAAAAACGUUCGGAUUGUGUAAAUUGAGUAAAUUAGAAAGUGAGAGGGAGAGAGAGGGAGAGAAAGAGAGAGAAAAUAGCGAGGACCACGCAUCUCCGAACACAAAAUUAAACACAAGAAAAACCAAACAGUAAAGAAAUAAACUGUAAACUGCAUUUACACACACAGAAUAGAACCUACAUUAUUUUGCAAAAAAAUAACUUCCCGAACCCAACACAAAAGCUCACACACACACACACACACACAUGUCAAGCAAAUCACACACAAACACAGAGCAGAACAAACAUACCCAUUCGAGAUUGAAUUAAAUGUGCGUGUAUGUUGUAGCCUUUAGAUUCCAUUAGGAUAGAAAAAGACAGAAUGAGAAAACAAAGAAAUUGAAAAAAAUUGAGAGCGAAAAUAAAGAGAAAAAAAAAACAAUCCCAAAAAAUCAUACGCACUGUUGGUGGUGGUACAAACAAACGUGAGAUAACGUGAAGAAGGUACGCUUCGUACGUAGACCAGAAUCAAUAUGACAAUUAACCAGACGAACUGCAACGCAAACACGGUAAUUCCAACUCAUCAGCGACAACAAGAAACGAACCGAAAAUCAUCGUAAAGUCUUUUUUAUCUAAUCUUUGUUUUUUUUAUUGACUUAGAACAUUCAAAUACCUAUCAAGUUGAUGAAAAGAGUCAUCAUUAACACUUGUUUUCCGUUUUUUUUCUUUUUUAACAUUUAAUUGAAACCACAAAACAUUAGAUUCAACAUUCAAUGAAUUUAAGUGCAAAUGCAUACUUCUUUCUUUGUGUUAAUUUAAUAAUAGGAGCAAUUCAAUUCUAAAAGUUUGAAUCAGAACUAAAGUAAACAAAAAGAAAAAACAAAUCACAUACAAUGUAGCUUAAAAAAAUGCGAAAGUGAACAUAAAAACAUCAUUCAAAUUAUUUGUACUUUUAUAAAUAGUUGUAGCGGUUAAAUUAUAUGCAUUACGUUUAAUGAAGAAACAAAAAAUUAAUGAUGAAAAGUAAAAACAAAAAAAACUUGGCUGGUCCGUAAGAUGUGCCCAUCCUAGUUUAUAAAAAGAAAUGAGAGAGAGAACAACCACUUAAACUUUCUGUUUUUAAUAAUAACUGAAUUCACCUCCACACAAAUAAAUGUUAAUAACACACACUCGAUCAAAGUUCGAGAUCAGAACGAUUGAAUAACUUUGCUCGUUUCCAUUUUCGCUCUAAACAUUAAACGUAAAUCAAGCGCGGUACUAAAAACACUACAAUCACAACAACAAUGAAUUCACUGUGUCACUGAAUCAAUUUUCUGGUUAUUUACUUGUCUGAUCGAUCGAGAGUCUGAAUGUGGUCGAUGAUGAUCAGUUUUUUUUUUCGAUGAGAUGGUUAAGGCGGUUUUUGUUUCACUUAUUUCUUCUUUCUAAUUUUUUUUGUUUUCAAAAAAGUAUAUGAUUGUAAUUUUGUUGCUUUCUGAAGAUGGAUCAAAAUGAAAAUCUAUUUUGUGGCUUCUCUUGAAGCUCCCGUAUCAAAUUUAGACGUCAACAAAAUUCUUGAACUUGCUUUGUUACAUAUUGAUAGAAUUCUCAAUUUAAAGAAAAUGAGAAAAAAAAGAACACAAAUGGAAAAAAAAAUUUAGAAAACGACAGCCUUGAAACAUAUUUCAGCUUUAAAAACCAAAUGAAUCAUUUAUUUUUCUGUGUGUCGAUUCCGUGCUCUUUCGCACACUCCAAUCAAAUCAAACUAUUUUGCCAUUUAAACGAUGAGGACAAACGAAAUUGAUGAGCAAGCAAAAAAAAAUCGAAUAAAUCAAAUGCAAAUCAAAUUCUGCAAUUUCCCAUUUCAAGUAUUAUUUAAUUUAUUGCUGCCACUUUUUGAAAUUCUCUUUUAAUCAAACUUUUCAAGCAAAAAAAAAACAAUUCUUCAUCAAACCAUUUUUAGCACAAUCAGCAAUAUUUGUUACGCUAAGUAAUGAACAGCUUAACUCUUAGAGUGAAAACGGAAAUUCAGCACACACACACACACACACACACACAUACAAACAAAUAAACGAAAUUUAACACCAAGCAAACAAAGCAAAAUGAAUUAUGAAAAGAAAUUUGAAAAAAAAAAUCAUUUCAAGAUCCCCACAGUAGUUUAAAUGCGAAUAGCAAGUGAGAGUUUAUUUAAAUAGACUAAGUAAGUCAAAAAACUGAUUAUACCGAAACCAAUAAUUGCAUUAGAGUUUACCACAAAAAAAUUGUAAGUGGAAAUGAAACGAGAAAAAAAAUACAAUAUUGCAAAUUGAACAUAGAAAAGAAACAGUUAGCGAGAGCGAAAAAAAAGAAGAAAAUUUCAGAAAUCGAUGUAAAAUUAUUUGCUUUUUAGCUAUUUUGUGUUGAGAACAAAGAAUGUCAAAUAAAAUAAAAACAAACCGAUUUUUUUGUCGAAAAUUGAA